AUGCCGCAUCAAGAAUUCGUCAACUCUGGUCUUUUCAAAGACGUCGCCAAGGACAUCGAUCGUCUUCACCUGUUGAUCACAGAGGAGUAUGAUGAAGACGGCCCAGACCGCGACAUAUUGAUGGAAGAGCGCCUGGAGUUUGAGAGCCAUCUGCAGCGACAGUUUCUUCCUCGCUUCGCGGCCAAUCUCACCGCUCUGACUUUGAACUUCCACGAGUGUUGGGGCACCAUGCCGGGAUACUUCGACGGGGCAGGCCUAGUGUUCCCUCGCCUAAAGACGCUGAACCUGGGAAACUUCGUCAUCAGCAACAACCGUCAUUUUGACUGGGUUCUCUCACAGAAAUCGCUUAAAACUUUGCGUCUGGACAGCUGUCAUAUUGUUUCUCACAUUCAGGUUGACACCGAGGAAAACAAGGAUUGGGAUCUUCACAGGGAAGAUUGGCAGCGUCUGCCCAAAGGCUCGUACGGCAUAUUUCAUGACAGUGCCGAACUAUACAGGUUCGAUGGCACGUGGGAGUCCACUUUCGAUAAGAUACAGAACAACCUUCCCCACCUCAAGGACUUUCGAUUUGAUAGGCAGUCUUACAGACUUCACUUUCUCAAUCCUACGAGGAUCGGCACCGUGCUGCACCCGAGUCGAUACAUCAACUUCGACGCAGGAACCUUUCCUAGUCCAUGGUUGACUUCAGAUAGUGAGACUGGUGAGAUGUACUUUGGAGAUUACGAGUGUUCUAUGAACCGUUCUGAAGAAACAAAGCAGGGCGACGCCAGAGCGUUCAGAGAUCUUCUCAGUGCCUGCCAUGAGAGGCAUGAGUAG